UUCGGAAACAACACUCGUGUGCACACGAGUGCACACCAGCCGUUCGGAAACACUCAGUGUGCACUCGUGUGAAGUCGUUCGGAAACACUAGUGGAGUGACAUCCCUAGCCACCAAUCCACCCGACGAAAAAGGACGUGGAGUCGGUGGGACUAGCGAGAAAAUCUAGUUUUGGCGCGUGUUAUUUACAUUACUAUACACUAGGUGUAUAGUAUAUCGUCGAUUAGAAGGACGGCAUCGUGCUGUAAUGAUUGGGGAUCUACCCGUGUUUAAUUCUAAAGGAUUGCUUGUGCAGGAUGUACAAAGUAACAAUAUUAUCGUGCCUAUAUGUGAGGAGACAGCAAAAUUCUUCAAUUUGCGGCUUACUGAGGAAUCACCUAUACAUGACAACGGUGGUCCAAAUUCUGCUGACAUGGUUGAAUUGGGUGAGAAAACAGUUUCAAGUACGGCAUCCUGGAAGAACGAUAAUGAAGUGAGAUGCCUUAUUUCUAAUCUUUGGCAAGAUCACCAAAACCAUUUCAAAAAUAUGAAGAGCCGGGAUGUAUGGCUUAUGAUUAGUAAAGAAUUAAAAAAUAGUAAUCCAGAAUGGAAUCAAAAAUCUCCUGUCCAAUGUGAAAACAAGUGGAAGGACAUAAAGAGGAAAUACAAAGACCAUAACGGAAACGAAAGACCAUAACAAUCAAUCUGGGAAUGAUCCUAAAACCUGUAAAUUGUACGAAGAAUUGGAAGAAGUUUUAGGCGAACAGUCGUGUGUUAAACCCAUUGCUGUUGCCUCGAAUCUUAUCAAGAGGAAGAGAGCAGAUAUAAAAGCCAAAGAUCCAACUUAUUUCGAGGAGAUGAGUGAAGAUUAUGAGUCACCAACUGAAGGUGAAGAAGGUCCUUUAUCAAAGAAAAGACAACGGAAGAUAACAAAAGUUCAAAGAGAGUUGCAAGACUGGUCCACUGCUCUUCUUUCCGAGGCGAAAUCUCGAGAAGAGGCGAGGGAGUGACGUCACAGAGAGAACAUGGCUGAAUCGAAGGCAGCAAUGGAUGCAUAUAAAGAGAUGAUGGGGAAACUUAUUGAUAAGUUGUGAGUCUUUUUGUAUU